AUGGACUCUGCUGAAGCAGUAGGAUCCAGUAGUAGCACAAGUAGGACGUCCGAGUUAGAUAGUGAACUUCACCUUCUAAAUAAAUGUCUCUCAAAUGCACUUGCUGUUCAUCUAUUUGUCUCACGCUCACUCAUAGUGUGCGGUGAUGGCAAUGGAAAAGUGGAGCAGACACUGCAGUCUACCCUACUGGAUGAUAACGUUCAGCUGUAUCUAAAACAGUUACUACAUAAAUAUAUGUCUAGCACUGUUAUGCGACGUAAAUUAAAAUCUGUAAAAAGUUUGUACUUCUUACAGUGUCUGACGGAUGAAAAGACAAGGGAUGAAUUUGUACAAGUAGCGGCGCAUCCCUCCUUCCCUGAGAAUUUUUGA